CCUCCGCCACCAUGGGUCUCCAGUGGGCGCCUGUUAGCGCAGGCAGGCCGCUGAUAUGGCUCCUCCCUGUUGUUUUUUCUGUGAUUGCUCUCUUUCUUUGUCUUCUUCUUGUUGUACGAAAGUACUUUUCCCCUCCGCCCAUUUCUCUCCCGAUAUCCCCGCCACCGUCGCCUACGUACGCGCGUACCUCUUUUGCGAAUGACCUGAAGCGCUUUUCGCCUGUUCGCUCGUCUAUCAAGAUUGCGCCACCAUCGCGCAGGACUCCGUCGCCUUCGCCGUCUCCAUCGCCGUCGCCGGUCUACGACGCACAGGAUCACUGCGAGGCGCAAGAGCUGCCGACGACCAGACAGAAUUAUGACGCCUUUCUCGUCGUGGACGUAGAGGGCACCUGUAUGCAAGGAACGACUUUCAGCUACCCGAACGAGAUCAUUGAGUUCCCGGUUUGCCUCAUGCGGUGGCGCGACAAGGCUGACGACGGCACCGCUUCCGAGCUCGAGGUCGUCGACACCUUUCAUAGCUUUGUCCGCCCCACCUGGCGGCCUGUACUAUCGCAAUUCUGUACCGACCUUACCGGCAUCACUCAAUCACAAGUCGAUGCCGCACCGCCCUUUGCGGACGUCCUGAGGUCCUUCUAUGCCUUCAUGAUUCGUCAUGGGCUUAUCGACCGCCGGACCGGGAAGCGGCUGGUGAAGUACUGCUGGUGCAGCGACGGCCCCUUCGACCUGCGUGACUUCGUCGUAAAGCAAUGCUUUCUGUCGAGGAUCGUCUUCCCUGAAUGGAUGCGCGGUGACGUCCUGGAUGUCCGGGUUCCCGUUAUGCAAUGGAUGGAUGAGCAAUCUUCGUCUUCGGAUACCUCUUCGACGACCUCUGGAUCGCCUCCUUCGUCUGUUUCUCCUAUGUCUUAUGCCUCGUCUCCCCAAUAUAAUCAGUAUAAACCCAUGUUUCCCCGUCGGCGGACGCCGAAUAUACCGGCUCAGUUGCGAGCCCUUGGCCUGCCUGAGUUUCAGGGUCGACAGCACAGCGGCAUCGACGACACGCGCAACAUUUGUCGUAUCCUUGCCGAGCUCGCGCGCCGCGGAGUACAGCUCAAGCCGAACACGCCUAUCAACAUCACCCGUCGAUGGCCUUGGAUGGGCAAGAAGGGCCGCGUGCUCGAAGAGUACGUCUGAACUCGUCAUCGGCGAGUCGUCCUCGCUUGCUACCUAUCAUCUCGCUUGUCCGUUCAACAACACCGUCAAUGACCUCGAAUUACCGGCCCUCGCGCGCUCCGUCGCCGCCUUCUGGUGUCCCACAUACCACUGGCAUCGCACCCACCACUUACGAUGCUAUAUUCUGUACACUAUAAUCCCCCAUAACUCCAUAACACAUAAGAACACACUGGGUGUAAUGCCGGUAAUUUAUGCGCUCUCGCGAGCGAGUCAUAUGCUU